CACAAUUCACAAUUGCUCUCAAUGUGGAAAAUAUUUUGACUCGAUUUCACGUUUUUUCGAAUCUUCCCAAAUAAUCCUCCCAUCAUGAGCGGACCAGGAGCCGGACAUCAGUUUCCUUCUCGGAAUGUCAGCUGGCUGAAACGAGAUGUUCUUCUCUUCGCAAACAGCAUCGGCUGCACGGCUGAUGAGCUACAUUUCUUAUACGAGUUCGACCCCAAAUUCACAAUGUUCCCGACUUAUCCUAUUAUCCUCCCAUUCAAGCAUACCGAUCAAGAAAUCGUGGACUUCCACGGAGCCAAGUCCCAGCAGGUGAUUCCCGGUGUCCCCAAGUUUGAUAACCACCGUGUUCUCGAUGGACAGCGGAAGAUGGUUUUCCACAAGCCGCUCCCUGUUACCAGCGAGGGUUGCAAGUUUGAACUUCGAUCCAAAGUCGUUGGCGUUUACGACAAGGGCAAGGCGGGUUCUGUUGUAGAGACCCAGCAGGAUAUCGUGGAUAAGGAGACUGGGGAAGUUUAUACCUCCGCUAUUGGAAGUGGUUUCUAUGUUGGCCAGGGCAAUUGGGGAGGACCAAAAGGCCCGGCGACCAUUAACUAUCCUCCUCCAAAGGGCCAGAAGCCAGAUGUUACUUAUGAGUUCCAGACGACCGCCCUUACCGCGUUGCUCUAUCGCUUGAACGGCGACUAUAACCCUCUCCAUGCCGAUCCUGAGGUGGGAAAAAAGUUGGGAUUCGGUGGCAUCAUUAUUCACGGCCUGUUUAGCUGGAACAUGGCCGCUCAUGCCAUUCUCCAGAACCUCGGCGGCAGUGACCCUCAAAAUCUGAAGGAAUUCCAGGCCCGAUUUGCAUCACCCGUGCGUCCUGGUGAUAAGCUCACCACGGAGAUGUGGAGAACUGGUAAAAGCGAGAACGGUUUCGAAGAAGUGAUCUUUCAAACGAAGAACCAAGAUGGGAAGGUCGUUCUCGGAAAUGGUCGUGCCUUGGUGAAGGUUGUCGGAUCGAAGAGCAAGCUCUAAAUGUCUCCAGUCUCACUGGUAUAUCUUAAUCGGUAUCUCCUGUAGUUAUACAAGCCUGAUGACUAUUUAUGCCUUGAUUUUAUAUUCCUUUACAUUAGGUU